AAUUAUUAUUAUAUAUAUAUAUAUAUACCCUUCUGAACAUGGCAUGACAAUAAUCUCAACAUUUUUGAGAAAAGUAAAGAAAGGGAAUGUCUUUGGCAUUAAUAUUUCUUCGUAUUCUACUUUUUUAGAGUUUAGAUUCUGAGAAAGUUGUGUCAUUUUCUUGUGAAACAACAUUCAAAGGAGAACGGCAAACGGGAAAAAGCUGUAGUUACUAAUUGACAUCUCUAACAGCAUUUCCAUUCUUGCUUGAUUAGCAGAGAAAUUUGAACUAACAAAUGCUUAUACCCAGUAUGCCGGAGAAAGUGGUGAGCUCAGCACCAUCAACAAACCCAUUAUGGCGUAUGCGGUCAAAUCCUUUGGUUCAAUGGCGGUUUCAUAUACUAACAGCUCUGGUUUUUGUUGGCAUGGUUGGUGUUUGGAGCAUAGAUGGGUGCAGUAUAAAGAAUUUUAUUGAAUCUUGGAGGUUCAGGCAAGAGUUUCUAAGCAGGAGAUUUAACGCACAGCCCACAAAAACCGCAAAUCUAGCCCAAGAAAUCCAUCAAAAUUUCACUAAAAACUCAAGCACCACCUAUUUCCCGCUACCCCAGCACAAUACCAAUACCACUACUGCUACCACUAACAGCAGCAGUCCUCCCAAUUACAGUAUACUGAACAACGGCGACAACAAUGUUUCUGCUAAGAAUUACUCAGAUGGGUUUCUGGCUAAGCCAACUGAGAAAGAAUCAGAAGAAGCUAAAAUGAAGUGGGUAUCAGCUGAUUUGAACCCAAAUUUCUCUUCAGUUGACAAUAAUUUUUCUGCUCAGAAUUCUUUAGAUGGGCUUCUGGAGAAGCCGAAGGAGAAUGAAUCAGAAGCUAAUGUGAAGUGGGUAUCAACCAAAUUAGAUCCGCAUUGGACUUCAAAUCUUCUUUCCCGGUGGCUAGCUCCCGGUGGUGAGCCUUGCAGAGAUUCACUUUCGGUCGACAUUGUAAUUCCUGGAUUGGACGGGCACGAUUGGAUUGAGCUGACAGCUGGGAAUAGUCAUGAAUUUGUUUUCCAAGCAGUGGAUGAGCUCAAGAAUCCUCGCUGUUUAGGUGGGGACUACUUUGAGACUGAUCUUUCUGGUGGGGCAUGGAAGUCACGGCCUUUAAUCAAAGAUUUUGGAAAUGGGUCCUACUCGAUUGCUCUUCAAGUUCAUCCUGAUUUUGCUGGUGACUAUAAUCUUACUGUUAUUUUGCUUUUCAGGCAUUUUGAGGGUCUUAAAUUUUCGCCAUCACGAUUUGUCUAUGAUAAAGAAUUGCGUAAAGUUCAAAUCAGGUUUUUCAAAGCUCAUUAUCGGUUGCCAGAUAUACGUAUUUGUCAAAAAUCUGAUUUCAAUAGAGAUCUUUGGGUAGGGAGGUGGACUAGGCAUGGCAAGAACGAUGAUUGUGAAGUCAGUAAUGAUGGGAGGUAUCGGUGUCUGCAACCAUAUUUUCCUUGCCAAAGUCCAUGGUGUGAUGGUUCCUUAGGCUUGUUGGAGAGUAAUGGUUGGGUGUAUUCUAGUCACUGUUCCUUUAGGCUGUUUUCAGCUGAUUAUGCUUGGAAUUGCCUAAAGGGUAGGUGGAUUUUCUUUUGGGGUGAUUCCAAUCAUGUUGAUACAAUAAGAAACAUCCUUAAUUUUUUCUUGGAUUUGCCUGAAAUAAAAUCUGUUCCUAGACGGUUUGAUAUGAAUUUUUCAAACCCAAAAGAUGCAUCUCAAUCAGUUCGAAUCACAAGCAUUUUCAAUGGUCAUUGGAAUGAGACACAGAAUUAUCAAGGACUGAAUUCUUUGAAAGAUGAAGGAUUUAGAAAUUUGUUGAAGAAGUACUUCUCAGAGGACACUGUGCCAGACACUAUAAUCAUGAAUUCUGGUUUACAUGAUGGCGUAUAUUGGGCUAAUAUUAGACGAUUUUCAGCUGGAGCUGAUUAUGCUGUUUCAUUUUGGAAAGAAGUUAUGGAUUCUGUGAAGCAGAGAGGGUUACUAGUUCCUCAAAUCUUUUAUCGGACCACAAUAGCAACUGGUGGUUAUGCCAGGGCACUAGCAUUUAAUCCGAGCAAGAUGGAGGCAUUUAAUUGGAUGGUGUUGGAAAAAUUUAGGCGAGCCCAACUGCUGUCUGGAGUAAUUGAUAACUUUGAUAUGACUUUUCCAUGGCAUUUUGACAAUCGGUGCAAUGACGGGGUACAUUAUGGCAGAGCUCCAGCAAAGAUGAAGUGGAGGGAUGGUGAAAUCGGACACCAAUAUUUUGUGGACCUCAUGUUGGCUCAUGUUUUGCUUAAUGCUUUAUGUGCGAGAUAGCAAAUGAAGUGGCUAAAUUGUUAUUUGGGGUAUCGUAUUUGGAGGAAGGAGCACUAACAUAUGGCGGCUUAUAGAAACUGGACAGUGCCAGGACUUGCAAGCUUGAAGCUGGACAGUGCCAGGACUUGCAAGCAAAGUUGGAAUCUGCCAUUCACGUGGGUUAAGAUGGAUCGAAUUCCACAAAUUUUAUUCUUUCAAUUAGAAUCGGCAUUCAUUAUUUGUUUAUAUUAUUUAUGUUAUAUUAUAUUACCACAUAUGGUUUUUGAUACUUGUAGAUUAUGAGGGAUUCUUCAAUAUAUCAUGUUGAUUUGUAAU